GGGGCCGGAAGCAGAAGUGCCGCAGGGAGUUAGCGGCGUCUCAGUUUCCAUGGAGACCAGGAGCUCCGAAACGCGGAGGUCUUUAGUGUCCUGGACCAACGAGUGCCAGGGGACAAUGUGGGCGCCAAGUUCGCUACCAGCCGGGUCCAGCAGCCCCAGCCAGCCCACCUGGAAGUCCUCCUUGUAUUCCUCCCUCGCCUACUCCGAGGGCUUCCACUACAGCUUCGCAGCCCGGCCCCGCCGCCUCACGCAACUUGCGCUGGCGCCGCGUCCCGAGCCUCAGCGGCUUCGUCUACGCCCCUCCUCGCUGCGCACCCAAGAUAUCUCGCACUUGCUCACUGGCGUCUUCCGCAACUUGUACUCUGCCGAGGUCAUCGGCGACGAAGUGAGCUCAAGCUUGAUCAAGGCCCGCGGCAGCGAGAAUGAGCGCCACGAGGAGUUCGUGGACCAGCUGCAGCAGAUUUGGGAGCUCUAUAAGCAGCGGCUGGAUGAGUUUGAAAUGUUGGAGAGACAUAUCACUGAGGCCCAAGCACGGGCUAUUGCGGAAAACGCGCGGGUCAUGAGCCAGCCUGGAGUACAGGACCUCGAGAGCCUUGUCGGGUUGCCUCCAGUGAAGAGUGUCUUCAGAUGGUGUAUAGACAGCGAAUUGCUACGGAAACAUCAUUUGAUCUCCCCAGAAGAUUACUACACCGAUACAGUGCCAUUUCACUCUGCACCUAAAGGCAUCUCCCUACCUGGAUGUUCAAAACUGACAUUUAGCUGUGAGAAGCGUUCCGUCCAGAAGAAAGAGCUGAACAAGAAGCUUGAAGAUUCAUGCAGGAAGAAGCUUGCUGAGUUCGAAGAUGAGUUAGACCACACUGUGGACAGCCUGACAUGGAAUUUAACUCCUAAGGCCAAAGAAAGGACCAGAGAACCUCUCAAGAAAGCAAGUCAACCAAGGAAUAAAAAUUGGAUGAACCACUUACGUGUGCCACAGAGAGAACUAGACAGACUUCUGCUUGCCAGAAUGGAGAGUCGGAACCACUUCCUAAAAAACCCCCGUUUUUUUCCUCCUAACACUCCAUAUGGAGGCAAGUCUCUUAUUUUUCCUCCAAAGAAGCCAGCACCGAUAGGAGAAUUCCAGAGUACAAAGCCAGAACAGAGUUGUGCUGAUACUCCAGUGUUUAUAGCUAAGCCACCAAUUGGGUUUUUCACAGAUUAUGAAAUUGGUCCAGUUUAUGAGAUGGUAAUUGCACUGCAGAACACCACCACAACCAGCCGCUACCUGCGAGUCCUCCCGCCUUCCACGCCAUACUUCGCUCUAGGACUGGGGAUGUUCCCAGGAAAAGGUGGAAUGGUGGCUCCUGGAAUGACCUGCCAGUACAUUGUCCAGUUUUUUCCCGACUGCCUUGGGGAUUUUGAUGAUUUUAUUUUAGUGGAGACCCAGUCAGCUCGCACACUUCUGAUCCCCCUGCAGGCUCGGAGGCCACCCCCCGUGCUGACAUUGUCACCGGUGUUGGACUGUGGUUACUGCCUCAUUGGGGGAGUCAAGAUGACCAGAUUCAUCUGCAAAAAUGUGGGUUUCAGUGUUGGCAGGUUCUGCAUUAUGCCCAAAACAAGCUGGCCACCACUAAGUUUCAAGGCCAUUGCAACCAUCGGCUUUGUUGAACAACCUCCUUUUGGAAUCCUGCCUUCGGUGUUUGAGUUGGCCCCGGGACAUGCUAUAUUAGUGGAGGUCUUGUUUUCCCCAAAGAGCCUAGGAAAGGCAGAGCAGACCUUCAUCAUCAUGUGCGACAACUGCCAGAUAAAGGAGCUGGUGACCAUAGGAAUUGGGCAGCUGAUUGCUUUGGAUCUGAUCUAUAUUUCUGGUGAAAAAAGCCAACCAGACCCUGGAGAGCUCACAGACUUAACAGCCCAGCACUUCAUACGAUUUGAGCCUGAAAACGUUCGGUCCACGGCUAGGAAGCAGCUGAUUAUUAGAAAUGCUACGUCCUUUCCUGCUCCCUCCUGGAGCAGGGCAGGGAGGCAUGGGGUGGAGGGACCUGGUCCCAGCAGAACUGGGACAUGGCCUUGGAUGCGUUGCUCCCACAGGCAUGUGGAGCUGGCCUUCUACUGGCAGAUCAUGAAGCCCAACCUGCAGCCCCUCAUGCCUGGAGAAACCUUCAGCAUGGACAGCAUCAAGUGCCACCCCGACAAGGAGACCGCCUUCUCCAUCAUGCCGAGAAAGGGGGUUCUCAGCCCCCACACAGACCAUGAGUUCAUCCUGAGCUUUUCUCCUCAUGAGCUGAGGGAUUUUCACAGUGUGCUCCAGAUGGUGCUAGAGGAAGUCCCAGAGCCUGUAAGUUCAGAAGCAGAGAGCCUGGGGCCCUCCUCCUACUCUGUGGAUGAUGUGAUCGUCCUGGAAAUCGAGGUGAAAGGCUCAGUAGAACCUUUCCAGGUUCUCUUAGAGCCAUAUGCCCUCAUCAUCCCAGGGGAGAACUACAUUGGGAUAAAUGUGAAGAAGGCUUUUAAGAUGUGGAACAACAGCAAGUCACCCAUCAGAUACCUGUGGGGGAAGAUCAGCGACUGUCACAUCGUUGAAGUGGAGCCUGGCACAGGGGUCAUAGAGCCCAGUGAGGUCGGGGAUUUUGAGUUGAACUUUACUGGGGGUGUCCCUGGCCCCACAAGCCAGGACCUGCUGUGUGAAAUCGAAGACUCGCCCUCGCCAGUGGUGUUACACAUUGAGGCAGUCUUUAAGGGGCCUGCCCUCAUCAUCAACGUCUCAGCCCUUCAGUUUGGUCUGCUCCGCUUGGGGCAGAAAGCCACAAACUCCAUCCAGAUCCGGAACGUCAGCCAGCUCCCAGCCACAUGGCGUAUGAAGGAGAGCCCAGUCUGCCUCCAAGAAAGGCCUGAGGAUGUGUCUCCCUUCGACAUUGAGCCUUCGAGUGGCCAGCUUCACUCUCUGGGGGAGUGCAAGGUGGACGUCACCUUGGAGGCCCUGCACUGCCAGCAUCUGGAGACCGUCCUGGAGCUGGAGGUGGAAAAUGGGGCCUGGAGCUACCUUCCUGUGUAUGCUGAGAUACAGAAGCCCCAUGUGUACCUACAGAGCAGCCAGGUGGAGGUUAGAAAUCUCUACCUGGGUGUGCCCACGAAGACAACUAUCACACUUAUCAAUGGCACGCUCCUGCCCACCCAGUUCCACUGGGGCAAGCUCCUGGGGCACCAAGCAGAUUUCUGCAUGGUGACAGUCUCCCCCAGACAUGGCCUGCUGGGCCCGAGCGAGGAAUGCCAGCUCAAGUUGGAGUUGACUGCUCAUACCCAGGAAGAGCUGACCCAUCUGGCCCUCCCUUGUCACGUGUCAGGCAUGAAGAAGCCACUGGUUCUAGGCAUUUCUGGGAAGCCCCAGGGACUGCAAGUGGCCAUCGCCAUCUCUAAGGAGAGCUCUGAUUGCAGUGUUUUCAGCACAGAGCAGUGGCCAGGCCACCCAAAGGAGCUCCGCCUGGACUUUGGCUCAGCGGUGCCACUGAGGACCCGUGUGAAUCGCCAGCUCAUUCUCACCAAUCGCUCCCCAAUACAGACCCCUUUCUCCCUCAAGUUUGAGUACUUCGGGAGCCCCCAAAACAGCCUGAGCAAAAAGACCAGCCUUCCCGACAUGCCUCCUGCCCUGCUAAAGACAGUAUGGAUGCAAGAGCACCUGGCCAAGCGAAAGCAGCUGGAUUUUAUGGAGAGCAUGCUAUCCCACGGGAAAGGAGCUGCUUUCUUCCCUCACAUUUCCCAGGGCAUGCUGGGGCCCCACCAGCAGCUAGGCAUUGACAUCACAGGCUGUGCCAACAUGUGGGGCGAGUACUGGGACAACCUCAUCUGCACGGUGGGAGACCUGCCACCGGCAGUCAUCCCAGUGCACAUGGCAGCGGUGGGCUGCCCCAUCAGCUCCCUGAGGACCACCUCCUACACUACCGACCAGGCCCAGAAGGAACCAGCCAUCAGGUUCGGCACCCAGGUCUCCGGAGGAGACACAGUUACCCGAACCCUUCGCCUGAAUAACUCCAGCCCCUGUGACAUCCGCCUGGAUUGGGAGACCUAUGUUCCAGAAGACAAGGAAGACCGGCUGGUGGAGCUGCUGGUGUUUUACGGGCCACCUUUCCCGCUGCGGGACCAAGCCGGGAAUGAGCUUGUGUGCCCUGAUACCCCUGAGGGUGGCUGCCUCCUCUGGUCCCCAAGCCCCUCCAGUUCAUUGGAAUUCAGCCAUGAAACUGACUCAUCAGUUGAGGGCAGCUCCAGUGCCAGCAAUAGGGUGGCACAGAAGCUCAUCUCAGUCAUCCUGCAGGCACAUGAGGGGGUGCCCUCCGGCCACCUAUACUGUAUCAGCCCCAAGCAGGUGGUGGUCCCUGCUGGGGGCAGCAGCACCAUCUACAUCUCCUUCACCCCCAUGGUGCUCAGCCCUGAGAUCCUGCACAAGGUGGAGUGUACUGGCUACGCCCUGGGUUUCAUGAGCUUGGACAGCAAGGUGGAAAGGGAGAUUCCAGGGAAGAGGCAUCGCCUGCAGGACUUUGCGGUGGGACCCUUGAAACUGGACCUGCAUAGCUACGUGAGGCCUGCACAGCUAAGUGUGGAGCUGGACUACAGCGGCAGUAUGGAAUUCCAGUGCCAGGCCAGUGACCUCAUUCCUGAGCAGCCCUGCUCUGGGGUGCUGAGUAAGCUGGUGACCACCCACCACCUGAAGCUGACCAACACUACAGAGAUCCCACACUACUUCCGGCUCGUGGUCUCCAGGCCCUUCUCAGUUUCUCAAGAUGGGGUGAGCCGGGACCACAGAGCUCCUGGCCCUGGCCAGAAGCAGGAGUGUGAGGAGGAGACAGCCUCAGCGGACAAGCAGCUGGUGCUCCGAGCACAGGAGAACAUGCUGGUGAACGUGUCCUUCUCACUCUCCCUGGAGCUGCUCUCCUAUCAGAAGCUCCCGGCCGACCACACACUGCCUGGAGUGGACAUUCGGCAGAGCGCGAGUGGAGAGAGAGAGAUGGUGUUUACUCAGAACCUGCUCCUGGAGUACACCAACCAGACCACUCAGGAGCAUCAGCGCUUGGGGUCAGCAGGGUUCUCUGUGUCCCAGAGGCCCUGGCUCAGAGCCCACCCAGAAUGGACAAGGUUGCCUGGUCUCCCACAGGUGGUGCCCCUGCGGGCCGUGGUGGCUGUGCCUGAGCUGCAGCUCUCCACCAGCUGGGUGGACUUUGGGACCUGCUUUGUGAACCAGCAGCAAGUCCGGGAGGUCUACCUGAUGAACCUGAGUGGCUGCCGAAGCUACUGGACUAUGCUGAUGGGCCAGCAGGAGCCAGCCAAGACCACUGUGGCCUUCGGGGUCUCCCCAAAUAGUGGGCUGCUAGAAGCACGAUCCGCCAAUGCACCCCCAACCUCCAUCGCCUUUCAGGUUUUCUUCACUGCCAGGAGUAGUGAGCUGUACGAGUCCACGAUGGUGGUGGAAGGUGUGCUUGGUGAGAAGUCCUGCACCCUGCAGCUCCGGGGCCGAGGCUCCUAUGAUGAGAGAUACAUGUUGCCUCACCAGCCCUGAGGCUCUGCCCCAGCCCCAGGCCCCAGCUGGAGAAUAAACAAACAUCGCCCAGGGAUUAGGAGCAGAUCUGCAGCACAAAGACACAGACUUGGGGACCUGGGGACCUCUGGGCAGCUCCUGGAAUGGAAGAACCCCCUUCCACAAUGGUCUCAGCCUAGGCCCUCAUGAUAUGUCCUCAGAGCAAACAUAAAGGACAGACCACAUCACAGUAGA